AUGGAAGGACUCAAUGCCUCGGAACAGCGCGAGUUCGCUUCUCGCAUGGAGAGAAAGCAGCUGAAGGAAUUCAUGAACAUGUACUCCAACCUGGUCCAGCGCUGUUUCGAUGACUGCGUCAACGACUUCACCACCAAGUCUCUGAUCAACCGCGAGGAGGGUUGCGUUAUGCGUUGCGUGGAUAAGUACUUGAAGGGAUCUGCCCGGUUGAACGAGCGCUUCCAGGAGCAGAACGCGGCCAUGAUGCAGAGUGGACAGAUGCCUGGGCGGUAA